CUUGUUUGUUAAUUAUUCAUUGUUUUUUUUAGUUAAUAUAGAGUUUUGUUUGAAAUUAUGGAGAAGAAAGGGACUGUUUUAAUGCAAAGAUUCGAACUCGGGAGAUUACUCGGCCAAGGGACGUUCGCUAAGGUUUAUUACGCGAGGAAUUUGACGAACGGACAAAGCUGCGCCAUUAAAAUCAUUGACAAAGAGAAGAUAAUGAAAGGUGGUUUAAUCGAUCAAACGAAACGUGAAAUCGCCGUCAUGAGAAUCAUUAAACAUCCAAAUGUUGUUCAAUUGUACGAGGUAAUGGCGAGUAAAUCGAAGAUUUAUUUCGUUAUGGAAUACGUCCGAGGCGGCGAGCUUUUCAAUAAAGUGGCUAAAGGGAAACUUAAAGAAAAUGUGGCUCGCCAUUAUUUUCAACAAUUGGUGGCGGCGGUGGAUUUUUGUCAUAGUCGUGGCGUCUAUCACCGUGAUUUGAAACCGGAGAAUCUUUUGUUGGAUGAGAAUGAGAAUUUGAAAGUUUCGGAUUUUGGGUUGAGUGCAUUGACGGAAUCUUGUUGGCAAGAUGGGCUUUUACAUACGACUUGUGGGACUCCGGCGUAUGUGGCACCGGAGGUUAUAAAUAAGAAAGGGUAUGAUGGUGCUAAGGCGGAUAUUUGGUCUUGUGGGGUUAUUCUUUAUGUUCUUAUGGCGGGGUUUCUACCUUUUCAUGAUCAGAAUUUGAUGGAAAUGUAUAAGAAGAUUUGUAGAGGAGACUUUAAGUGUCCACAAUGGUUACCACCAGAGGUUCGAAAGCUUCUUUCUCGGAUCCUUGAUCCGAACCCGAACCAACGAAUCACGGUGGAGAAGCUGAUGGAUAACGUUUGGUUUAAGAAGGGGUUUAAAAAGAUUGACACGCCGCCACUAUCGCCAAACCCUAAAAAGUUCGAUUUAGUAAUCAGUGACGUCCAGGCAGCAUUCGACUCGUCGUCAUCGGUGUCUUCGUUCUCGGGCUGGGAGACCAGUUCUGAGGAUGAAUCAACAACGGUGACGCCAAAUCCGAUGAGUCCUAUCAGGCCGAGCGUUUUCAAUGCGUUCGAUAUCAUAUCCCUCUCCCAGGGUUUUGACCUGUCCGCUCUCUUUGAACAAGACCCUAACCAACGGAACCCUUCUCGGUUCACAACCCGAAAACCUGCUAACGACAUUGUCUCGAAGUUCAAACAAAUAGCCCGGAGUGAGAGUUUCAACAUCCAAAAUGGGGACGGAAAGGUACGACUACAAGGGAUAAAAGAAGGACGAAAGGGACAACUUGGGAUCGAUGCCGAGAUCUUCGAGAUUACACCAUCGUUUCAUGUGGUGGAGCUGAACAAAACAGCCGGAGAUACCUUGGAGUACAAGGAAUUUUGUGACCAAGAAUUGAAACCGUCAUUGAAAGAUAUAGUUUGGACUUGGCAAGGGAAUCAUCAACAAAGCCAGCAAUAGUUUUUAGCCACAAAAUUGCUUUUUGAAGUUUGAAAGUUUUAUACAUGGAUGCACAUGCAACAAAAAUAUAUAUAAUCGAAUAAAUAUUGAGUGUAGUGGUAAUGUACAUUAUAUUCUUAAUAAGAGAACUUAAGUUCAAACUUUAGGGACAAUAUUAUUGUCCAACCUCACUUUAGGGACAACAUUAUUGUCCAACCUCGGACCCCAAAAAAUUAGUCUCUAUGGACGGUCAAACGGACAGAGAAUAUUUCAAUUAUAUACCCAUUUAUAUGUAUGCAUGUAUAAAUAUGUAAUUCUAGUUGCAUUG